GCGGUGGAGGAGGUAGAGGCGGCGGUGGCAGCGGCGGCAGUAGUCAUGGAUCGGGGGCUGCAGAGAUCCAGGUCCAACACAGAACUUCGAAAGGAGAAGUCCCGGGAUGCAGCCCGGAGCCGCCGGAGCCAGGAGACCGAGGUGCUAUACCAGCUGGCCCACACUCUGCCUUUUGCUCGAGGGGUCAGCGCCCAUCUGGACAAGGCUUCCAUCAUGCGUCUCACCAUCAGCUACCUUCGAAUGCACCGCCUGUGUGCAGCGGGGGACUGGAGUGAGGUUUCAGCAGCUGGUGCAGGGUCCGGGGAGCCGCUGGAUGCAUGCUACCUGAAGGCCCUGGAUGGCUUUGUCAUGGUGCUGACGGCUGAAGGGGACAUGGCCUAUCUGUCUGAGAAUGUCAGCAAACACCUAGGACUGAGCCAACUAGAGCUGAUCGGGCACAGUGUCUUCGAUUUUGUCCAUCCCUGUGACCAAGAGGAGCUUCAGGACAUCCUGACCCCCCGGCAAGGCCUAUCCAAGAAGAAGCUGGAGGCGCCCACGGAGCGGAGCUUCUCUCUCCGAAUGAAGAGCACCCUCACCAGCCGCGGGCGUACUCUCAACCUCAAAGCUGCCACCUGGAAGGUUCUACACUGUACAGGGCACAUGCGAGCUUACACCCCACCUUCAGAGCCCUCUGCGGGUGGUGGGCCAGGGUCUGGGCCUGAGCCACCCCUCCGUUGCCUAGUCCUGAUCUGUGAGGCCAUCCCACACCCCAGCAGCCUGGAGCCGCCCUUGGGCCGAGGGGCCUUCCUCAGCAGGCACAGCUUGGACAUGAAAUUCACCUACUGUGAUGAGAGGAUUUCAGAAGUGGCGGGAUACAGCCCAGAUGAUCUGAUUGGCUGCUCAGCCUACGAGUACAUCCAUGCCCUGGACUUCGAUGCCGUCAGCAAAAGCAUCCAUACCUUGCUCAGCAAGGGCCAGGCUGUGACUGGGCAGUAUCGCUUCCUGGCCCGCAAUGGAGGGUACCUCUGGACCCAGACCCAGGCCACAGUGAUCUCAGGCGGCCGAGGUCCCCAGCCCGAGAGCGUUGUCUGUGUCCACUUUGUGCUGAGCCGGGUGGAGGAGACUGGGGUGGUGCUAUCCCUGGAGCAGACGGAGCAGCCAGCCCGCCGGCCCCCCCGCCCUGCUGACCGGGGGCCUCCCUCGGAGAAGAGUCCCCAGGGUCUUGGAGACGGCUUUGAUGCCCCUGGCCCCAGGAUCCUUGCCUUCCUGAAGCCCCCGGCUCUGAGCGAGGCCACUCUGGCCGCUGACCCUCGCCGCUUCUGCAGCCCAGACCUUCGCCACCUCCUGGCCCCCAUCCUGGAUGGGGCCGCCCCUGCGCCUGCUGCUGCUGCCCCUGCCACCGCCACUGCCGCCAUCCCCAGCGGACCCCUAGCCAAAGAGCGCCCUCGAAGCCCGCCGCCGGCGGAUCUCCCCAAUGACCUUCUUCUGGAAAUGGAAAACGUACACAAAAUGUUUGGAUUUGGCAAGACCCUGGAAGCUGUGGAAACUCUGGCUGUGGAGCAGGACAUCGAGGCACUAGAGUUAGAGAUGCUGGCCCCCUACAUCUCCAUGGACGAUGACUUCCAGCUCAACACCAGUGAGCAGCCCUAUAGGACUCCUCGAAGACGUCCAGGAGCAGCCCCUCGCCCCCGUGCCCGCAGCUUCCACGGCCUGUCCCCCCGACCCCCAGAGUCUCUCCCUCUGCUUCGGUGGGGGAGUGACCCACGACUGAGCCAGAAGACCCACCCUGCAGAAGGGGACCCCGCAGACACAAGCUCCCAGGCUGGAGCUCGGAAGAGGACCCUGCCCCAGAGCUUGGAGGAGGACGGCGGGGCGGAGGCCCUGGGAGCAAAGCCCCCCAAGCGAUCCCCCAGCCCAGCACCGGAACACUUUCUGCUGCCGCCCCUCAGCCUGAGUUUUCUCCUGAGCAGUGAGGCCACUCCUGGCACUCAACCAGAUACCGACACCAGGAUCCUGGAGCUUGAAGAGCCCAUGGCCCUGGCCUCCUCCUCCCUGCUCUCCUUCUAUGAGGAUGAAGAUACCGCUCAGCCCAGGGGUCACUUCCAGCUGGAGGAGACCUUACCUCAGGAGCUCACCCCAGGCACCUGAGACACCCCCUCUCCUCCCUGCCCCCCAGUCCCCUGCCCUCCCCCCUUCCUCCCUCCCCACACCCAGGACCUCAGCCACACUCCAAGCCCGCAGCCUACGCACAGGAUAGAGGGAUCUGGGGCCAGGGGAGAGGGACCUGUAUCCCCCUCCCAUCCCCACUCCUUCUCACACCAGGCCCUACCUCACUGUUCCCUCCCACCCCAGCCCUCUGUGUCUCAGGGGAUAUGGGUGGCCAGGGAGAGCCAAGCAAACCUCAGCUGGGAUGGAGGGAGGCCCAUCUCAUUCCCACCGGUCCCACACUUUCCCUAAGGGGUCAGGGUCCUAACCCCUGGCUCAGCUCAGCGACCCCCCUCUUGCAGGGCAGGGACCUCCCCUCUCCCUCCUCCCACCCCCUCUCAGGAUCUGUUGGUGCUCAUUUAUUUACACAGUUACCUCACCCAUAUUUUAGGGGUUUACUUUAUAAAUGGGGGUUUUCAGGGUGGGGGGUUGGGGGAGGGCUAAGGACUUUUUCUACAGCAUGCUUUAUUUUUAUCUCUGGGGUACACAUAACCGCCUUAUGGAUGAGAAAAAUCUCCCCUUUUUGUGAUAAAUGAUCUCUUUUUAAAAUUGUUAUAAUCUAAAGGUACAGGGAGGGGGUGGGGGAGAACUGAUACAGACCCCUGAACCUUCCCCUAGGUUUCAGGGGAGCCCUUUGAACCAGACCUCCCAUCUUUGUACACGUCAUCUCCUUAAUGCCUUCUUUCUUCAGACCUCUCACCUUCUCAGCUGCCUCUCGUUCCUUCCAGACCUCACCCCAUCCAGACAACCAGGCGUGGGGGCAGACCUGGCCCCUGGCCCCAGCCCUGGCACUUAUCUGACUUGGCCUGGUGUCCCUCGCCUUUUCUCUGCCUCAGUUUCCCUUUCCAUGAGCUGAGGCAUGUGGACUCAGUAAGGAGCCUCCUAGCUUGGCCCUUUUGUGGUUGUGUGAGCAGACACCUGUCUCUCCAGACCUCAUUUCACAUAAUCGGAAUAUGUUACAGGUGGAGGGGUGGGGGUGGGGACUUGUCCAAUCCUCAAAUCUUAAGAUUUAGAGCUGGAAUUCAGAGAUUAUCUACUCUGACCCCCCUCAUUUUACAGAUAAGGAAACUGAGGCCCAGGGAGGCAGAGAGCCUUCUCCAAGACCACAGAUAGCAAAGCUGAGGGUCCAGAAGGCCGGUCCCUUGGGGUCUGGCCAUGGCCUUUUCUCCAUCCUGGUUCCAGAUUCACUGCCUCUGUCUCUCUCCCCUUUGUCUGCUUCCCCAGCCCCAGGCAAGUGGGGACCAUGAGGCACUCCCCUGGGGCCAAGCCCAGAUUCCAGGCCGCCCAGUCACACGCACAGCUCCAGCUGCAGGUCUCCAGGCGGGGCGUGGUUGAGGAGAGGGGUCACAGGACACCCCUUCCUCUAUCCUGCCUCCGUGAUACCUGCCUCUCAUCCCCUCUCCCCUCCUCCCUGUUUGCACGAUGGUGCUACCCUUUGGGUCUGAAGCUGGGGACAAAGAACCCCCCCACACACAUACAGACACACAUAAACCCCUUGGUAAUUUCCCACCAUCCCCUUCCUGGGGGCUCCCCUCCCCCUAGGCUGGGGAGUCAAGGAGUCACCAGAUGGUGCUAUGGGGUCUGUGGGGUAAGGACCGGGACUUUCUCCCAGCUCUCCCCAGUAGGUCAGAGGCCUCAGUGGAGGGGGCUGUGGAGGUGGGAGGGGGGGAAUUGGGGUGGGGCUAUGUCUGUAACUACCACCCCCACCCCCAAUAAACCCUUCA